GAAAAAAAUUUUCAAAUAUCAUAUGUCCUCUCGCCUACCCUUCAUUUUCAUUUUCAUUCUCCCUUCAAUUCUUCUUCUUACACACCCAAACAUCCUUUUAAAACCUAUCUAACACUACACAUAUGUUGUCUCUUUUUAUCUCUCUCUCUCCCUCUCACUCCCACUCCAGAAUUGAAGCAGAAGAAGAAUAGCACUUGAGAUUCUCUUGUUCUGAGAUGAAUCCAUUUUUGUUUGUUGGUUAUAGAUCAAUGGGUUCUGUCUUGAUUUUCAUCUUCUUCUCAUCUCUCAUCAUCUCUUCCUGGCCUUCUUAUGGGUUUGAUCCAUUGGAUCCAAAUGCCAACAUUACCAUUAAAUGGGAUCUUUUGCAAUCGGCUUCUAGUUCAAAUGAUCUACGGUUGACACUAUAUAACUUCCAACUAUAUCGCCAUGUGGAGCCGCCUGGCUGGAAACUGAACUGGGAUUGGAAAGGUGACGAAGUGAUAUGGGGCAUGUGGGGAGCUGAGGCCACCGAGCAAGGAGACUGCUCCGCCUUCAAGGGAGGACAACUUCCUCAUUGUUGUGAGAAAAGCCCGGUGAUCGUCGACCUUUUGCCUGGAGCUCCUUAUAAUAUCCAGUCCCAAAAUUGCUGCAAAGGAGGUGUCUUGUCAUCCAUGAUACAAGACCCUUCAAGAUACGCUGCUACUUUUCAGAUGUCCGUAGGUGGUGGUGGUAAUUAUUCUGAUUUCACGAUGCCCGAGAAUUUUACUCUCGGUCUUCCUGGUUACACUUGUGGGGAUGCACAUGAGGUGAAGCCAAGUAGGUACCCUGCAGAUAGCGGCCGCCGAUGGACUCAGGCUCUCAGGACAUGGAAGGUGACGUGUAUCUAUUCCCAGUUCAUUUCAUCCGCAACACCGAAGUGUUGUGUUUCUCUUUCUGCAUUUUACAACCAGACCAUUGUUCCCUGUCCGAAAUGCAGCUGUAGAUGCCAAGGACAACCUGGCGCAAAAUGUGUCAAGCCAGGGGAGACACCAUCAAUGCUGGAACAAAAACAUGAUCCAAAUGAAGAAACACCAUCAAACGUAAGAUGUUCGCAGCACAUGUGUCCGAUUCGAGUGCAUUGGCAUGUGAAAGAAAGUUACAAGCUAUAUUGGAGAGUUAAGAUGACAGUGACGAAUCUGAACAUCUUGAAAAAUUAUUCUCAGUGGAACUUGGUGGUGCUUCAUCCCAACUUGAGAAGCAUAACACAAGUCUUCAGCUUCAACUACUCGCCUCUCAAUCAGUAUGGAAUAAUCAAUGAUACAGGAAUGUUUUGGGGGAUACAGUACUACAAUGAUAUGUUGCUCCAAGCUGGUGAGAGUGGAAAUGUACAAAGUGAAAUGUUGCUGAAUAAAGAUCCAGGGAUUUUCACUUUCAGAGAAGGAUGGGGUUUUCCGAGAAAAAUUUCAUUUAAUGGUGAUGAAUGUGUCAUGCCUCCACCUGAUGAUUACCCAAGGCUCCCCAAUUAUGCUCACAGGAAGUUCAUUAGCUCUUUUAUAGCCAUUUUCUCACUGUUUCUUGUAGUUAUGUUCUAAAAAAGUCCACUUAUUAGUUUAUAUUUACUUGUUAAGUGCCGAGUCAUUAGAAGUUUUAAGAAUUCAGGUUUAGAAUAUCUCCCUGGUUUCAAAUUUAUGUUCUAAAUGGAUUCUAAAUGGGUGGGUUAGCUAAGUAUGAAAUUUCUCCUAAUUUGGUUUAA